AGCUGAGGUGUGAGCGGCUGCCGGAGUGAGUGUCUUGGAGAGCCGGAGUUGGGCGCCGAUUCACGGAGACCCGAGACGCUUGAGGAGGCGCCAUGUCGGAGCAGCCGGGGGAUGGCCGUCACAUCGCCGGCAGCAGCAAGGCCUGCCGCCGCCUCUUCGGCCCGGUGGACAGCGAGGAGCUGCGCCGAGACUGCGACGCGCUCAUGGCCGGCUGCUUACAGGAGGCCCGUGAGCGAUGGAACUUCGACUUUGUCACUGAGACACCGCUGGAGGGUGACUUCGCCUGGGAGCGCGUGAGGGGCCUUGGCCUGCCCAAGCUCUACCUGCCCCGGGAUGACUUGGGAGGGGCCAAGAGGCCCAGCACUUCGCCUGCUCUGCUGCAGGGGACAGCCGCGGAAGACCACGUGGACCUGUCGCUGUCCUGCACCCUCGUGCCUCGCUCAGGGGAGCCGCCUGAGGGGUCCCCGGGUGGGCCUGGAACCUCUCAGGGCCGAAAACGGCGGCAGACGAGCAUGACAGAUUUCUACCACUCCAAACGCCGGCUGAUCUUCUCCAAGAGGAAGCCCUGAUGCGCCCAUCCCGAAGGCUCCUUCCACAUUUGCUGCCUUAGACCGUGCGUCUUAAUUAUUAUUUGUGUUUUAAUUUAAACUCCUCCUUGUGUACAUACCCCGCCUGCCCUCUCCACCCCCCAGCCUCUGGCAUUAGAACUAUUUAAAACAAAACUAGGCAGUAGGAUGAUAGGCUCAUUGAAGUGCUGGGUAUUUUUAUUAUAUGAAAUGUUAUUUAAAGCUCUCAUCUCCUUUCUCCUGGGGGAGGGUGGGGCUGCCUCAUGCCAGCCCUUCUGCCUCCACCCUCGCCGCUGGUGGUACUCCCUGGAGGGGCCUGGCUCCCUCCUCCCUCUGUCUCGUGGGUGUUAUGAAAUUCCACCUCUUCCCUGGAUUCUCAGACCUGAAUUCCUUCUAAUUUGAGAAGUAAAAAGAUAGCACUUUGAAGGGGGCCCAGCUGAGUGGGGGUGUUGUCAGGAACUGGGAGCCCCCGCACCUCGUCUGAGGCUGGGCAGGGGGCCCUUGACGUGGCAUGGCCUGGCACAGGGCUGGGGAUGUGGCACCUUCCUGGCUCUUGAUGCCCUGCUCUGUCCCAUGAAGGAGGGGAAGGUAGGGUCCUGUAGCAAGCCAGCCCCUCCCCACAGUCCCCUGUGCCCCCCGCUCAGGAGUCUGCCUCAGUGUUUGGUCUUCCUGUAUUCUUCCGGGAGCCCAGCUGCCCCCCUCUCCCAGCUGGGCUCUCGAGUCCCCUCUGCUGCUCUCCCCUCCCCAUGUCCUUGUCCCCCAGUACCCUCUCAGCCCUGGGUGGCAGCUCUGGGGCGCCUGUCCCCCCAACUCAAUGGACUAAAAGGGGAAGGGACACACAGAAGAAGGGCUCCCUAGUUCUACCUCAGGCAGCUCAAGCAGCAACAACCGCCUCUUCUUUUAGCUCUGGGGUUGGGGGUCCUGGGUGGUGGCACAGGCCUCCCUGAGUGGGGUUCUGCCCAUGUUAGGGCUGUGGUGAGGGGACUGGAUCUUUCUAGGAGGCAGACACCAGCUCCUGGAAGUUGCCCGGUGACCUUCCACACCUGCCCCAUCCCUCCCCAUUUCAUUGCACUUUGAGAAGCAGCUGAACAAGGAGUCAGACGGUUUUUAAUGGCGGGAGUAGAGGCUGUGGACAGGGCACGCUACGGGGGCCAACAUGGGGCUGGGAAUGGCGAACAUUGAGCACUGAGCCCCUGGAGGUGCCGAAGCACUUAGUGGGUCUGACCCCAAAUACCUCCAGCUCCUGUAACAUCCUGGCCUGGACUGUUUCCCUUGGUUCCCAUGUGUCCUGGUUCCCCUGUCCCUCCACCUGGACUGUAAGCCUCUGAAGGGUGGGGACCAUGCCCCGUACUGCUCUGUGUCCUUCACAGCCCCUGCCACAGUGCUGAGUAUACAGCAGGUGCUUAAUAAAUAUUUCUUGGUGACUUAUAA